CCUCGAGGCUUCAAAAAAUUCCCCUUCUUUUUUCCUGAAAUUGAAACUAAAUUUCCCUGAAUCCCGGAUCCGCCCGUCUCUAAGUAGACGAGUAACUGUCACUGGACUCUGUUAGUGAAUCUCCGCCACUAAUCGGAACCUGGAUGCUGGAGCGCGAAUAUCUAACGUCCGACUUCACCGAGAAUUUGUACACACACUCCUCCAGACGUUAUCAGGACAUCAUGACCUCCUUUAUUUCCCUUUACAUCGUAUUGAGUACUGUAUGUGUGAACCUCCUCUCUGCAGUGCCUGAGUUCAAUGUAUCUGGCCCAGUGGGUUCCACAGCUGUGCUGCCGUGUCAACUGACGAGUGGAGACAUUAACAUACUGUAUAUUAGAUGGGAAAUUAAAGUCAAGACUCAAUACCAGACUGUGUUUGAGCGAGUGGGGGAGGAGUCCACUCAGGAUAAGGGAUAUGAGGGUCGUGUGGACGUUCCUGUGGAGGAGCUGCGUAAGGGGAACUGUUCACUGGUGUUGAGAGAUCUGAGACUGAAUGAUACAGAAAUCUACACCAGCUACCUGUUAGUGACAAACACCAAGAGAGGUCUCCCUCUCAUAAAAGAAGAAAUCAGCCAUGUUCAUCUCACAGUCCAUGAGAGAACAGAUAAACACUCAGGUUCCUCAGGUGACACGUUAUUGGUGGAUCCUCAUUGUGCCCGGCUUGAUGAUACUUGGUGGUUUUGUUUGGUGGUUUCUGAAGAGGAGAAAUGA